UUGUGUUUUUAUAAGUAAUAAAAUGUAAUUUAUUAGUUUAUUGACUCUUUUAAAUAAUUCUUGUCAAGUUCCGUUUAUCGAUAGAAGGUUGUGAUAACGCGUACUCCGUGACUUUGCAGCGUGCAAAGGAUGUCGACACUGGGCCGCGGGCGGGGCUACACGGGGCGGCACCACCUGCGCGAGCCGCGGCCCGGCGGCGACCCGGACGAACGCGACGCGCGUACCCUCGCUGAGCUUAGCCCGAGGACCACAGAUCCAACAAAAAUAGAUAUUAACAAAGUAGAAAUAAUGGCGAAGGAAGGUGAGGUUGAUAACAAAGAGGAUAUGGAUUUAAAGCCAGUCAAGUUGUGCCGGAGCAUUGAUGAUGAGGAUCCAGGAGUUAAGGAGUUGCUGCAUAUUGAUGAACAGUUUCUGCCACUGCUAGCCUUGCUAGAACAAUUUUCACCGGGUGAAGAUGGAAUCCAAUUCAAUAGAAAGCUGCGUAACUUUGAAACAACAGUAACUAAUAUGUGCACAGAUGAGACAAGAUUACAUAUGGCGUUCGCGUCGUUUCGUGCGGCGGCGUUGCAGAGUGCGGUGACGUCACGCAAGCUGGCAGCUGUUGGGGCUUCCUUCACCCGCCAGCAGCGUCAGCAGCUGCUGCGAGGUGCCCUCCUCAAUAUAGUCAUGCAAGGGACAUUCACAAAAUUGGAUGUUCUGGAACGAUCAAAUCCACUGUACUUGAUAAAUGCUGCCAACUUAAUGGGAGAUUAUUUUGCCGAGGCACGUCUAUGUAAUGGCAACAAAGUGCAUAUCUUGGCAAGUCCUCUUCUGCAAUACAUGCGAGCUCUGUUGGCCUCUGAUGAUGUACGCGCACAUCGCAGUCUGGCAACACAGCUCAUGCAAAAUGGUCGAGAACUUCUAUCAGUUAUGUCACACGAACUAGAUGAACUGUCUAUAUCCAUCAAACUGCGUUUGCUCAGUCCUCCGCCAGUCAACAUCAUCUGGCUUCUUUUAUCAGCAGACCUGUGUCUUAACAAGUUCCUACCACUCCCAAACACGCUGCAGCAGUUCUACGCCGCACAUCUAGACCUCAGUAACGAGGAGAGCUUCAGUGAAGUCAGCUAUGGAUCUUGGAAGAAGAGUCCCGAGAAAGAGGAGUACAGAUCUGACGGCAGCUCCGAUGUCAGCACUGACAAAGUGGGGCAGAACCUCUCCCAGGUCAGCCUCAAUCACGAUGAUGACCCAAAGCCUAAAUUAAGACCAAUUUUAGGUGCAGGAGCUGGACUCCUAAGACAGGAACAAGCGUUAUCCCAAGAAACAUUUGAUUCGAGAGUUGCCAAGACGAGUCUCUCCAAAAGAUAUGAUUUAAAUUCUUGGAGACAGGCCGAGGAAGAGAAACAAGAGGAGAUAAUUGACCCAAUGUUCAAUCCCAAUGUGAUGCCGCCAAACCUGCAGCAAACAUACCCAGUCACAGUACCUGAUUACCCACCUCCGACUAGAUUUAAUUACCAAGAUAAUUAUGCCAACUACCUGCAACAAGGUGAUGGCGCUUACAUACAAAACCAAUACUCCAACAAUCAAAACUUUACACCACAAGGGGAUUUUGUACCUCAGUAUACAACGGAACCACCUAAACCUAACCCGGAAAAAGUUAACAAUGAAAUCCAAAAAACAAGCAAUACGAGGAACAAUAAACCUGUAGAAAACUGGCGCAAAGAGAAGAGCGAUAUUAAAGAAGAUUCAAAUAAAAACAGACAACGUAAUUGGUCCAGACAACGGUCCAAGGAUAAUAUCAAUGAUGAUGAAGAUAAAGGAGAGAAGUUCCGUUCAGUAUCAAGAAGCUCGCGUGAAUCACGACAAAGUACUACCGGUUCAAGAAUGAACAGACGGAACAGCGGUGACAGUCAGGAUCAAGGCAACUCCGGGAAGACUCCGCCCCGGAGACAUGCUACCGAAGUACCCAGGAACCAGAAGUACUGGGACCAUGAUGAUAGAUGCGACAAGGAUUACAAUAGUUAGUGACAUAAAAAAAAAUUGUGACAUGUGAAACAGUGAUUCAGUGAUGCCAACUUAAAAACAAAAAGUGCCAGCAAAUACUACAUUUUAAAUCCGUGCAGGGUGAAUGUAGUUUGAAAAAACAACGUGUUUAAUUUCGGAAUAUAAACAUUUUCGAUUUUUUAAAUAUGGUAUCCCUGAAGAAAUAUUUUUAAUCUGUCUAGUUUCGGUCUAAUUUAAAUAUUACGGCCGCACAAAUUAUUUAGAAAAUUAUGGAUUGCCUUCGAAUGUGCUAAGGUAAGAAUGAGGUGCUUACAAACUGUGUUUAUAUGAACACUAGGCUAAAAUUUUAGGUCUUAAUCUCCCAUCUUUAUAUAUUUAAUUGUGGAUUUUAAUGUGAAAUUGUGUCGUAAUAAUUGGUCCAUUUUGUAUGUCACAAACAAGUUAAAUGUUUAAUUUAA